GCCUUUUGUCUCUGAAUACAGUCCGUUCGAACUCGCGUGACAAACUGGUGGGGGAAGGGCAAGUGGACACUCGUCUAUAAAGCGUCUUGGCUAAGCCUCAGCUGUGUUACUCAGCGAGAAGCACAGCAGGCGGCAUCAUGGCGACCUGGACGCUUGUGGCCAUGCUGGCGGUGGCGACGGUGUGCGUCGCUGCCCGCGAUGACGCGAUCCUCCUCGGCCCCGACGGCCGGGACUUGAGAGCUCUCUACGGCGAGGGCGGCCGCGGCGGUGGACCCGGACAACCUGGACAACCCGGCGCUCCUGGCGGCGGAGGCGGCGGCGGCGGUGGUGGCGGCGGCGGCGGAGGAGGUCCUGUUGGGUACGGCGGCGGCGGUGGCAACCGCAACGAUCACCAAUUUCGACCACAAAGACUCUAG